AUGGCUUUGGUGAAACUAUCAAUCCUCUUAUGUGCAAUGUUAUUUGGUCCUUCUCUCUCAGGAGCGGUUUCUCCACAGAACAUAUUCAUUCUUGGUGGUCAGAGCAACAUGGCUGGUCGAGGUGGAGUUGAAAAAAAUUCGAGUGGAAAAUUUGAGUGGGAUGGUGUGAUCCCACCAGAUUGUAAACCCAACCCAUCUAUUCUACGACUCAACGCUGCACGUCAAUGGGAGGUAGCACGAGAGCCUCUCCAUUGGGAUAUCGACGUUAUGAAGGCAAAUGGAAUUAGUCCAGGAAUGGGAUUUGCUCAUGAACUUCUAGUAAAGGCAGGGCCAAGAGCUGGUGUUGUGGGUUUAGUUCCUACUGCUAUAGGUGGCACAUUCAUCCGACAAUGGUUGAAAAAUGAUAGCUAUCCAAAUGCAACAUAUUACCAAAAUUUAGUUGAACGGAUUCAAGCGUCGGAUAAAGAAGGUGGAGUUGUUCGUGCUCUUUUAUGGUUCCAAGGGGAAAGCGAUGCGGCUGUGAAAGAGGAAGCUAUAAAUUAUAAAGACAACUUGAAGACUUUCAUUAUGGACCUUCGCAGAGACAUCCAGCCUAGAUUUUUACCUGUAAUUAUUGUUAAAAUAGCCCUCUACGACUUUCUUCGGGCGAAUGCUACUGAUAAUUUGUCAAUCGUGAGAGCUGCACAAGAAGCAGUUAGCAAGGAGGUGCCAGAUGUAUCGAUCAUCGACUCAUGGAAAUUGCCGAUGAACUUAAAAACACGUGAAGGCUUUAACUUGGAUCGUGGUCAUUUUAAUACCACAAUCGAACUUACUGCUGGUAAAUGGUUGGCUGAUGCCUACCUCUCACGUUAUAGCCGGUUACUCUAA